AUGGCUUCCCUCGUCAACGUCCGUCGCGAUGUCAGCGACCCGUUCUACCGCUACAAGAUGGAGCGCCUCCAGACCAAGAUCGAGGGCAAAGGCAAUGGUAUCAAGACCGUUGUUGUCAAUCUGAGCAGCGUUGCUCAAUCCCUCGCUCGCCCGGGCUCCUACUUGAUCAAGUACUUCGGUUUCGAGCUUGGUGCUCAGACCAAUCUCGAUCCCGCCGACGACCGCUGGAUUAUCAACGGCGCCCACGAGGCCAACAAGCUCCAGGAGCUCCUCGACGGUUUCAUCUCCAAGUUUGUUCUCUGCAAGAAGUGCAAGAACCCCGAGACGGACGUCCAGAUCAAGGAUGGCCGCAUCAUGCUUGACUGCAAGGCCUGUGGCCAGCGCUCCGAGGUCGAUCUGCGCCUGAAGCUCAGCGGCUUCAUGCUCAAGAACGUGCCCAAGAAGACCAAGAAGGACAAGGCCGAGCGCCGUGCUGCCCGCAAGGCCAAGCAGAACGGCAAGACCGAGGAUAAUGGUUCCGGAGGCGAUGACGGUUCCGACCAGGCUUCCCCUGGCGCUGAUGACAAGGGUAUUGAGAGCGAUGACGACGCACUGACCCGCAAGAUCAAGUCAGAAGCCCAGAUCCUCGAGAAGAAGGAGGUCGAGAUCAAGGACGACGAGUGGGCUGUUGACAUGAGCGAAGAGGCCGUCAAGGCCCGCCAGCAGUCCCUACCUGGCGAGUUCAAGCAGAAGCUAUCUCUGAACGGCGGCGAGGAUGAUGAUGAGGAGGGCGAAGGCGGUGGUAACACUGUUUACGACCAUCUCGGCACUUGGAUCCAGGAGGAGGCCGAGAAGAAGGGCGGCGUUGACAAUGUUGAUGACAUUGAUAUCUACGUCAAGGCCAAGGAGUUGGGCAUUGAGGCCAAGCACCGCACCAUUCUCGUCCUUGUGCAGACUGUCUUUGAUGAGAACAUCGUCGCCCAGAUCUCGAAGCGUGCGCCCAUGCUCAAGAGGAUGACUACCUCCGAGCGCCAUGAGAAGGCCCUUCUUGGCGGCACCGAGCGCCUGAUUGGCCAGCUGAACGCCGAGCACCCCGACAUGCUCGAAAAGGUGGUCAAGAUCCUGCAGCUCUACUACCACCAUGAUCUGAUCUCUGAGGAGGUCGUCACCAAGUGGGGCUCCAAGGCUUCUAAGAAGUACGUCGACCUCUCGACCUCCAAGAAGGUCCGCAAGGCCGCCGAGCCCUUCAUCAAGUGGCUUGAGGAGGCCGAGGAGGAGUCGGACGACGAGUAA